AUGUCCAUCUGUCCAUAUUUUGGUUGGUUUUUCUGCCCUCCCAUUGACCCCAAGGAUCAGCUGAACCCAUCAAUGCAGGGCCCAGUGACCUUUGAGGAUGUGGCUGUGUAUUUCUCCUGGGAUGAGUGGGGGAUCCUUAAUGUGACCCAGAGGCUCUUGUACUGUGAUGUGAUGCUGGAGAACUUUGCACUCAUUGGCUCACUGGGCUGUCUGUGUGGAUCUGAGGAUAAGACUGCCGUUCUUGAGCAGGUAAAGAGCUGCUGGGCCCAUCUGUCAGAACAGCCUUUCACAUGUGAGGAAUGUAGCAAGGACUUCCUGGCCACCUUGGACUUUGUCCAGCAACAGGGCACUCACACCAAAGGGAAGCUACAGAGGGACACCAGGGAGACCUUUCCUCACUGCUCCAAUUUCAGGCAGCACACAGGAGUCCACACCGGACAGAAGCCCUUCAAGUGUAGCAACUAUGAGGAAUUCUUCCUGAAGAGCUCUGCCCUCCUCAACCACCUGAGAACUCACACAGAAGAGAGAUUCUAUAGAUGCCCAACAGGUGGAAAUGCCUUCUUGGAGAAAUCGGCUCUUAUUACUCACAGAAAAGUUCACACUGGAGAAAUAUCCCAUGUGUGUAAGGAUUGUGGAAAGGCCUUCAAUAACCUGUCUAAAUUGAGCACCCACCAGAAAGUUCACAAUGAAAUAAAACGUUAUAAGUGCAGUGAAUGUGGGAAAACGUUCAGCCACAAAUCCACGCUUGUUCAGCACCACAGAAUUCAUACAGGAGAAAGGCCUUAUGAGUGCAGUGAAUGUGGGAAAGCUUUCAGCCUUGUAUCCACCCUCAUUCGGCACCGGAAAGUUCACACUGGAGAAAGGCCCUAUGAGUGCACUGAAUGUGGGAAAUUCUUUACCCAAAACUCUAACCUCAUUCGGCACCAGAGAGCUCACACUGGAGCAAAGCCUUAUAAAUGCACUGAAUGUGGGAAAGCCUACAGCAGAAUCUCCUGUCUCAGUCGGCACCAGAAGAUUCAUACCAAAGAAAGCCUGUAA